CCGUUCUCUACCAAGCCAGGUUCUUGCUCUGCUUUUAGUCUAUCAUUCCCUUUCCGUUCCCGGUUCGUGAGAACCGUGUCUCGUUCCUUUUUUCGACUUCAACCCUGUGGGCUUGACAUUCCUUUCGAAACCGCUGGAAGCGGAUUAUCGUCGUCGUACACUUCCAGACGAGCGUCGAUUUUGUUAUUGCCACGUUGAUUCAUACAAGGCUGCCUGAGCCACCGCCGAGAACAGCAGAGAGGAAUCUUCACUGUGCAGACAGACAACCAUGCGUGCCAGCAGCCUCACCGCGCUGUCCUUCUUUUCGUCCCUUGUUGCGGCUCUCCCGGCCCCAGCCUACCCGGGAUACACACUCCUCUGGUCCGAUGAAUUCGCGGGCCCCGCCGGCUCGAGCCCCGACCAGAGCCGCUGGAACAUCAUCACCAAUGUCCACACCAACCACGAGGUCGAGACCUACACCACGUCGAACCAAAACCUCCAGAUCUCCGGCGGCGGCACCGUCCAGAUCGUCCCGCGCAAGAGCCCCUCGGGGCAGUGGACGUCGGCGCGCAUCGAGUCCAAGGCGACCUUCACCCCCGCCGCGGGCAAGGUGACCAUGUUCGAGGCGGCGAUCCGGUUCGGCACGAACCCGGCGUCGCAGAAGCAGGGCAUCUGGCCGGCGUUCUGGCUGCUGGGCGACGCGAUCCACCACGGCACCGCCUGGCCGCUGUGCGGCGAGCUCGACAUCAUGGAGACCGUCAACGGCCUGCCGACCGGCCACGGCACCCUGCACUGCGGCGCCACCACCAGCGGCGGGCCCUGCGCCGAGCCCACCGGCCGCACCGGCGCCGUCGCCCUGCCCGACGACGGCUGGCACACCUGGUCGCUGCAAAUCGACCGCACGAAUGCCGCCGGCGGCUGGGCCGGCGAGGUCAUCAAGUUCCUCAAGGACGGCCAGGUGUUUUUCCAGGUCUCCGGCGCGCAGCUCGGGGACGAGGGCAUCUGGGCCACCCUCGCGCACUCGCCGCUGUUUAUCAUCUUGAACGUGGCGGUUGGCGGUGACUGGCCUGGUGCUCCCAACGCCGCGACUGCGGACGGCUACGGCAGUAUGAUGGAGGUCGAGUACGUCGCCGUCUACUCGUCGUAAACUGCUGGCAUGUCUGCCGCCGGCUGCUUCGGUUUCGAUUCCCGUAAAGGCGCGGCGCUUUCUUGGUAUAUAGAAGGGAACCGGGAGUCUAUAUCGCGUAUGGCGUCCGGGUUUUUGGAUUUUGUUUUGGAUCAAGUUGAUGAUACCUCUGCUGCUCUUUCGCGGUGGCUUCUGCUCGGUUGAGCCGGUGGAAUGGCUGGAUAUCAAGGCUUUUUGCAUUCUUGAUUGUAUAUUGUUUAUAGUUUGGGUCAUUGCCCCUAUACAUUCGCCGCGUUCUUGUAUCAAUUGAGGCUGGCUGAUCGGCCCUUUCCGAA